ACCGUAAUACCAUUGGCGCUGCCCCUACUCCUACUCUUACCCUGCAUCCCUCUACCGCCGCUCGAGUUUGGUACUGGCCCUGCAUCCGCCUCUGUUUCGUACACAUCCUACACACGCCGCUCUGUUCCUUUUUGGUAGUGCGGCUGCACGCAGGACUCUAGUGUCGCUCGUCCGUUUCUUCUGUGCCUUAGUCGGGAACCGCGCUUAAUCAUGAGGCUUGAUCUUCGCUGCAUCGUCGCCCUCAGCGCCGCCGCCAGCCUCGCCCUCGCCCAGGACCGCUGCGAUGCCCCCCACCCCAGGGUCUACUGCAACACGACCGAGAUCCUCGCCUUCCACUCGGACAACUGCAAACCCUUCCACGUCUUUGUCGUCCGCGGCUCCGACGAACCCUACCCGGGUCGCCUGGGAAACCUGACCAAGGAGGUGUGCUCUGCCAUUGGCGGCUCCGACAAGUGCGGCUACGAGGACGUCGAGUACCCGGCAAAGAGCUCGGCCUGGGGAAAAGAUGCGUGGUGCAACUCUGCCACAAAGGGCGCCAAGAACGGCCAGGACCAGAUGCGCGCCUACAACAAAAAGUGCCCCAAGAGCAAGCUCAUCGUCCUGGGCUUCUCGCAGGGCGGCUCCGUAGCCCAGGACAUGCUGGGCGGAGGCGGAGGACCCACGUUUGAAUGCGAGCAGGCCGAUAACCCGCCUCUAGACAGCACCUCGGCCCCAGGUUCCAACGUCGUUGCGGCAGUCACUUUCGGCGCCGUCUCGCGCUCACGUGACCAGAACUUCACCGUGGGACGCGGCAAGGACUACGACGGCACGCGCGCACGCACAUCCGCGCAGCUCAAGGCGCUCAGCCGGUACAGCGAUGUGCUCCUCGACUACUGCCACUACGGCGAUCCCAUCUGCGCCGUGGGCUCCGAGCCCCAGGACGUCAACGAGCACCUCAACUACUUCCUGCAGCACAACAGCGAAGUCACCAAGUGGGUGGCCGCCAUGGCAAAAGCAAACUCCGACGGCGAUGUGAGUGCCCGACCCACCAAGCCCGUCGCCGCCGUCGUGUCCCCCUCGCCGGUGUCGGACGCCUCGUCGUCUUCUUCCGCAUCGCCGACUUCCAGCGUCGCCGCCAGACCGGCAAAGGCGAGCUCCUCCGGCGAGGCCCCGACCCCCAUUCCAGACGCAAGCGUGACUGACGGUAGCGCGGCCGCGCAACAGACUGGCGCUACGGGCGCUGCAGGUUCGCUGACGGUGGCCAUGGGCCAUUUGACUGCCAUGGCAGUAGCCGUCGCCUUCUUUCUGUAGACUCUAGCAUACACCACCACCGCC